AAAAAAACAUACACAUACACACACACAUACACACACACACACACACACACACACACACAAAAAGUCAUUUUACUUUCACCCCCAAUUUUUUUAAUUGUACGCGCGUUUAUAGUAGGCCCCCCCCCCCUAUUCGGUCUAUUUUUUUUUCUCUUCUCUUUUUUUUUCUCCUCCCUUUUUAGAAAACAUCUUUUUUUUACAAGAAAAACCCUAUCAAAACAAAACAAAAUACCUUUUUUUUUAUUCUUUUCACCAUGUCAGUUAUUCGAUAUACAAAAGAUGCAAUGAUUAGUUUACAUGACAGUCCGCUUGUACAAAAACCAGAAUCCAUGCCUUCAUUAUCGACUUGGUUUGGCGAGGAUCCUAAUUCACCAGCAUCAAAAAGCAUAUUAAACGGUGCCAUUAUAACCCGCUCCAGUACAGAUAAAAGUAUAGUUCUCGGGCCUACCAAAACAAACUUUGCCUCGUCCUUAUAUGGAGGCUUGAAACGAACAGACGAUGGCUUAAAUAUAUCAAAACAACAGUUAUCAACGAGACACAAUAGACAGAUGGAUGAAAGAUCAUCAAAUAAUAUUAAAGAUUAUCGCACACCUCGUGGUCCUUCAUAUAUGGGCGAAAAAGGAUUUUCACACAGAUCAUCACAAGUGGAUAAACCAUCAUCAGCAGACAACAGAAAAUACAACAACAACAAUAAUAAUAAUAAUAUGGGUUCACCACCACAGGCAACACAUGGUAAGCGAACGGAUCGAUAUAGUAUGAAUGAUAUGAAGGGCCGUCGAGACCACGCACAAUCAAAUAAUAACCGCAAUAACAACAGACAUAGUAAUUACAACGACGAUACUGAAAGAGUGCCAGAAUGGAUGGAUUACACACCCGAGGAGGAAAAUGAGGCCAAAGAAGACGACCUGCAAGCUCAAUUUGCCAAUGAUUUAGAAGCUUGGAAAUCCAACAUGAAGAAGAGAGAUGGUAUCAAUGAGCCUGUUAAAACUGUGGCCGUGGUAGAGAAAAAGAUCACAACAACGGUAGCAGUGGAAGAUGCGCUGGCUUCUUUAUCAAUGCAAACACACCAAGAAUUAGGUUUCUUUGAUGAAUCCGAUCAACGUCGUGAAAAUGCAAAAACUGGUUCUCGUUUUGCUAAAUUCUUUGCCAAACGAGAAGAACCCGAGUUACUCGUGGUAGAAACACCUCAACCCCCUCCACAACAGCAACAAGCUCGUUCUAUCAGUGUGAAUGAUUUGUUUCAAGGUCCUGCUCAAUUACCUCCACAACAACAGCAUUUUAUGAACCAGCAACACCAAAUGAUGCAACUGCAACAACAGCAUCAGCAGCAACAGCAACAACAGCAACAGCAACAGCAGCAACAGCAACAACAGCAACAGCAGCAGCAACAACAACAGAGGGUAUACUCAGAACAAGACAUCUUGAAAACGUUGGGAGCUAAAAAGAACAUUAUGGAGACCAAUGAAGAUGCCAUGGGCUUUAAUCGAGUCAUGCAAAUACUUUCUCAACCCAAACCUUCGCUUCCCAAGUCUUCGCUUCCUAAUAACACGAUUGAAGCACCAAUCCAGCAACAACAACAACAACAACCACAACAACCACAGCAAGGUAAGGCAUCGCCAUCCAUGAUGACUGGUUCACCAUCGGAUAAAUCCUCCACCAUGUCCAACAGGUUCGUGUUGCGACAAAUGAGUGCCCGUUCUUCUGAAUCAAGAUCCCCCUCCAUGCAAACUACGAAAUCAACUCCCAUGGGCUACAAUGGUUUAAAGCAACAGCAACAGCAACAGCAACAACAGCAACAACAACAGCAACAACAACAACAACAGCAACAUCAUCAACAACAACAACAGCAUAUUCCACCUCAUCUUCAACAACAUGGUGGUAUGCCACCUCAACCUUAUUUCCAACAACCAUAUGGACAGCAGUCGUACACACCUGCCAUGAUGGAUCAUCGUGCAUAUGAACAAUUAGUGCAGUUUAACAAUGGACCUGAUUUACAACGCGUGCCUCCUCCCCCACCUCAUUUUAACAAUGGACAACGUAAUAACGCGAAUGAACAAUUUUUACCUCAUAUGAUGAUGCCACCUCCAUUAGCAGGUGGACAACGACCCAUGAUGACACCUCCCCUCCACUUGCAACAGCAGCAGAUGCAGCUUCAUAUGCAAGGACAACAACAGAGGUUUCCUUUGCAACAACGCGGCGACAUGAUGAUGCCACCCCACGUCAUGGCCAAUGGUAUUCCUCCUCCCAUGUUCAACAAGAACCAAGGUUGGGAACACCCAGAUAUGCAAGAGGAACAAGAUGAUUUGAUUAUGUCUUACUUGAAUGCAGACUACUUAUCUGCAGACACACCACUUUCACCACCUUCUUCCACCUCUUCUUCCUCAGAUACCACAGGAUCACCAGAGAAACACACCGUAGAUGAUUUUAUGCUGGACAUCAACACUUCGGAUUUUCUUGUAGAUGAUCAUUGGACCACAAAUACAAACUUAUUUAACCCUUGUUUCCCACAGCAACAACAACAGCAACUACAGCAACAUCAGCUUCAGCAGCAACAAGAUCUCUCUGCCUUCCCAUUCUUCUUGUCUCCACCACCCAUGGUUGGAAGCUCUGUAUCAGAUUCAGAACAACCUAAAAAGAAACGAGGUAGAAAGAAGCGUGAACAAACACAACCCGUCUUAGCCCAACCUUCCUUAUUAGCUCCCAAGCCAUUGGCUCCCAGACCCAACACAAACACACCAGAACUCAUCAAAAUUGAGCCAGAUCUCUCUCUCACAUCCAUCACUACCCCUACAACACCAACAAAAGAAACACCAUCACCUCCCAUGACACAAGAAGCUCAAAAGGCAGCACAAAUACAAAAGCGUCAAGAGCGUCUAAUUAAAAAUAGAGCUGCCGCUUUACUUUCUCGUAAACGAAAAAGGGAACAUUUGACUUGUUUGGAAGAGGAGAAACAAUUGCUGGUACAAGAAAAUGAAGCAUUAACCAAUAAAGUUGUAGAACUAUCCAACCGCGUAGAUGCUCUUGAAAAAGAAAAUGCCGCUCUUAAACAACAUCAUCAUAACCCUAACACCAUCAUUAACAUUGGCAGUAAUAAAAGACCAUUAAUCAACACUGCCAACAAAAUUAUGCUAUUUUCUUUUGCAUUGUUUACGUUACCCUCGCGCACAGCUGACCGUUUGACGGUAGGAGGUGGAUCCGUGCUAGAAGGGAGGAAACAGUUUCCGGCUAUUGGCUCCAGUCAUCAUGUUGAUUAUUCCGUGGUUAAUAAUAGCACCGAUCUUGUUCUCAUUGAUGCUGUACGCCCUCGUGAUUUACAGACGUGGAUCAAUCAUAAAACAGAUGUAAAUGACAUUCAAACCUGGUCAGAAAAUGAGGGUCAACGUCAUGUCUAUUUGUACUCGCCAGAGUUCUCACAGAUUGCACCCACAAACCCUACCCAUCCCAUCAGUACUUCCACACAGGACUUACCCACCUUAUCACUUAUCUCGCCGUAUAACGUCACAGAGAAUUGCAAAGAUCAAGAUCAGAAAUACCUGCAGAUUGAUGUGCAAGUACUACGCUCCACAGUUAUCAAAUCUCAGCUUUUACCACUACAACAAUGUGAUUUUGCCUCGUCGCUUCUGGAUGGUCUCAAGAAGGAUUUAAUCACUAAUCAACAAAAUCUUGCCCAACCACAAAAUGUUACACCAGCUUUAAUUGUAAAACGUGACAAACGCGCAAAGAAGCUUGCCAGAGUUCUAUAGUGCAGUUAAUAUAUAAUAUAUCUAUUUUUUUUUUCUUUUUGUUAGUAUUUACCCACCCCUUCUCCUCCUAAAAGUUAUAAUAAAUGAUCUUCACUUAACAAAUUA